AUGACAAAUGUAGCGUCUUACUGUGGAUAUACUGAUUCGAAUUACAAUGCAUUCAAAGAAUUAGACGGACUGUAUCGAGACAAAGGGCUUCGAGUCGCCGCAUUUCCAUGUAAUCAAUUUGGAAAGCAGGAAACCGAGAGUGAAACGAAGAUUAUGGAUUUUGUGAAAAGUAGUUACACUUAUACUCCUGAUAUGUACGCAAAGAUUGAAGUAAAUGGACCCAAGACUCAUCCACUUUGGAAGUUUUUGAAGAAAGAAAGAGGUUCAUCAAUGGCAUCAGAUAUUCCUUGGAACUUUUCUAAAUUUUUGAUUGAUAGGAACGGUCACGUGGUUGCCAGGUACUCGCAUUCUGUUGACCCACUUGAUUUGGAAGAAGAAAUCAAUAGACUUUUGAAUGCAUAA